AUGGGGAAAACCCAAACUAAAACUAUCAGAAUCCAAAAUUUUCGGAAUUUGGUAUUCCAAUGGCUGAAUUUACGCUAUAGAGGAACCGAGGAGCUAGUGCUUCAGCCCCUGAUCCGAGCAAUACCAAACAAUCUGGAGUCGCGGGUCGUUGACCUGGGCCUGGCCUGCUUGGUCUGCCUGACGGAGGAGCCCGGCAGCACCUCUAUUUACGGCCAUGACCUGGAGCCACCGCAUAUGCAGAUCCUGGACAAGAUCCGCAGCUGCACCGGCCUCCAACUGGAGCGUCGCGCCUACGCACACAUGCAGGGCUGGCCGGACAAGAUAUGCCAGCAGUGUUACAUCGAGCUAACGGUGGCCUAUCGCUUUCGGGAAAAGUGCGCCACAGUGGAGAAACUGUUCCAGUCGGCUGCCGGCCUCUCCCCGCUGCAGUUGGAGCAGCAGCAGCAGCAGCAGAUGCAGCUAAAACUGGAACUCGAGCAGCACCAGGUGCGCCUGCCUGCCACGCUGAAGAUCAAGCGUUUGGAGAUGGAACCCGUUGCUGUAUCCGGCGGCGCGGUGAGCAGUGCACUGGUCAAGACCACCAAGUCUUCAUACUACCAGAAAAUAGUUAAGGUGGAUAUAGAGGAGGUGGAUGACGAAGAAUCGGAAGAGGAAGCGGAAGAGGAGGAAGUGCCGACGGCGGCAGCGACGACGACGGCGGAUACGGUUACCCUGCUGCCGGACGAAGCCAUGGUCCUGUCCUUGACCGAUCUCAAUGAGACCGAUCCUAUUAAAAUGGGCGCAGAAAGCUCUACCUCCAGCGACGACGAGGAGGAGGAUAGGGAGGAGGCUGAUGAGGAGGAGGACAAGCUGUUAGCUUUGGAUCCCUGGGAUAACGACCAGACGCCGGAGCAUCUGUACGAAAUCGAGACACCAAUACUGGAGGAAGAGCUGCCGUCGCCGUUGCUGCUGCCACCACCGCCACCUGCCCAGGCAACCACCAGCAAGCUAAGGAAGCGCACGUACCGCCGCGUUACGCCCAUUGUUAAGGAGGAAGCCGAUGGAGUGGCGGAUUCCGCCCUAGACAAGGAUUAUAUGCCGGUGGCGACCAACUCCAAGCGCCGCCAAUCGGAGCGCUCGCCCAAGAUCUGCGAUGUUUGCGGGAACACGUACAAAUACCAGCAUGCCCUGAAUGCGCAUAUGCGACGCCAUAACAACGAGCGUCCGUAUCCGUGCGAGGUGUGCCAGAAGGCGUUCAUCUCGAACGUGGAGCUGCGGCGUCACAUGCGCGUUCAUACCGGCCAAAAGCCGUACGGCUGCAAGUUCUGUGAACGCCGCUUCUCGGAUUUUGGCAGCAGCAAGAAGCACGAGCGGAUUCACACCGGCGAGCGGCCGUAUGUGUGUGAGGUGUGCCACAAGGGAUUCGCCUACGCCCAUGUCCUGUCCGUUCACCGGCGCACGCACACGGGCAAGAAGCAGUUCCAGUGCACCAAGUGCGACAAGGGAUUUACCAAGAAGAGUUACCUGUCGGCGCAUAUGGACCAGCAUCGAGGCACGGGAUCGGGUGAGUUAUCCGGUGGCUGCGAAGGAGAAGCAACGGAAUCGGAUUUCCUACGCAAGCCGGACGACUCAUUCUCCCUGGACUCGGUGGUGCUGGGCGAGCAGAAUAAGGUCCUCGAGGAGUGCAUUGUCACCAACGACUUCAUGUUCAACGAGGAGGAUGAUGACCAUGGCGGGGCCGAUGUGGAUGAGAACGAGGAAGCGGAGGCGGCGGGGGAAGCCCAUCAUCAUGAAUCGUAUCCGCCACAGCCAGACUUUGACGACGUCAAUGGCUAUCAGACAGUGCGAUCUGUCAAGGAGCUGGUGGGCGAUCUGCUCGAUUCCGAGGAGUUUGAUGACGAAUCCAAAUAUCUGAUCGACUAGUAUUACCCCUCCGCACGAGUCUCUCCCGUAUAGUAAACACUAAAUUCCCCAACCCACCCCACACCCUGUAGGUGUUAGUUUUUAGUUAGAAUUCUAGGCCCUGCAAUCUGUGUAAAUAAAUUGAAGAGAUAUUUGGAUAAAAAUCAACAAA